UCCUGAUUGGCUACUUGGGACGACGACCAGGCGGAAGUAGUUGUGCGUCUGAAUGAAAAACGUGCCCCAAAAAAUGGAAGUUCAGACUGAGUGAAUAUCCACAGUUGUGUUUUGCAGUGACUGUGUGAGUUAAACGGGCAGAAAUGGGAGGCAGUAACAGCACACGCCGCGUGUCUUUCGAGAGCGAUGAGGACGAUAACGUGACAGUGGUGAAGGGCGUCAGGCUCUCAGAGAGUGUCAUCAAUCGCAUGCGAGAGCCUUCGAAACCACCAUCCAGAUCUUCUCCUCCAUCCGAAGCACGGCCCAAGCCGGCUGCGUCUCCGCCCUCGGCACCUGCAGCUGACCUUGGUACCCCCCUGAAUGACCCUGCUACUACCCAGGCUGAUCCUGCUGCCCCUGUUGCUCCUUCCUCUCCCUCGCUGCCUUCUCCCGCUUUAGAGGAACCUGUGACUCCUCCUACAGCAGUGGAUGAGUCAGAGCUGAGACGGAAGAUCACUGAAGAGGUGCAGAAAGGUCUGGAAGAAGAGAGAAGCAAGACGCAAUACGAGCUCCAUCAGUGGUUGGAGAAGGAGCGAGCCCGGGUGAAGGCUCAGGCUCGCUCGGACGUUCAGGCCCACGUUCAAGGCGAGGUGAGCAGAAUCCUGGCCUCUGAGAGAGCGGCCGCUCUGGACAGCGCGCAGAAAGCCGUGCUCAGCGAGAGGCUCACCGCAGAGGAGGAACGACUUCGCACCAAGCUCUUAGCAAAGCAGCUGGAGGAACGAGAUCAGCAGCUGAGGAAGCAGGACGCUUUCUACAGAGAACAACUGAACAAACUAGAGGAACGGAGCACCCAGUUUUACAAGGUCAUCAAUGAGGACUAUCACAAAGCAGCAGAUGAGGUGAACUCUAAAUUUAGGCGCUACGAGAUUAGUCCUGUGUGUGCUGACCUGCAGGAGCAGAUUCUGAAGUGCUACAGAGAAAACGCUGGGAAAACACUCCUCUGCUCCAAUAUCGCCUCUCUCUACAUGCAGUGUGUCAACAGCGCUAAGCAGAAGAAGUUGCGGACCGGAGGCUAAGCUCUCUGAGGAAGGCAGGAUGAUGUGUGGCGUCACCUCUCCUUUAAAAAGAGCGAAAGAUUAUAAAGAAGCGCAGAGACCAGAGAGCACCGUACAGAUACACACCCGGCUCUGAGGAACACUGCAGCCACUGGAGACAUGGGAACCACUUUGUCGUCUUCUUCUUCUUCUCUCUCUCUCUCUCUCUCUCUCUCUCUCUCUCUCUCUCUCUGCAUCCAGAUUAGACAGUUUAAUAGUUUAGACAGGUAUGAGACCCAGCAGCAGAUAGGUCAUGUGUAAUAUAAUGUGCCAAACACUAGAAAACCAAAACGAGUGCCUCAGGGGAAUAAAACAGCCUUAAAAAAAAUGUAAUAAAUAAUAAAAUAAAAAGAAAAAAUCACAAAUUCAGCAGCAGUUUGACAGAGAGUCAGGUUUCAGUUAGUGUGAAAGCUGGAAGCUGUUUCAACACCGUUAUCCUUUAAUUACACUAAAACCUCAUAUCGAUUUCUGCUCUGUUUGAAUCGUGACGUAAAGCAAAUGUUUUGGCACCCCAUAGACUACCAAGCUACUCCUCAUGUAAUCAGUUAAGUUAGUACAUUUCUCUUCAGUCUGGACCCGGUGUGUGUGUGUGUGUGUGUACAGCGCUGAUUUUUGUUCCUGCUUUAUUUUUGCUUUUUAUCCGCACAAAGACCUGUCGGGGAGAAUAAAAGGCUCAAACUGCAAACCUGAA